UAUACACUACAUGCACUACUCUCCCGUCUGGUUCCGGGGGGGUCUGUGCCGUCAAAUUCCAGAGAGAGGCUCCUGGGGGAGGAGAUGGAACGCGAAAUCGAAAUCUCGCAGCACUUUGCCCCUCCCCCCAACAGCCCCUUAAGAGGCUACACGGGGCGCCUUUGUCUUUGUGAUUUUUCCUGUUUUACGACAGCAGCUGCCGUAAAGGUCGUGAACAUUUUUGAUCUUUACGGCAGACGUCGCAGUCGUAAAAACCCGGAAGCACGUGCGGCGUGACACGUGGGGAGCCGCCUGCACCGGUCGCUUCCCGCCACCACCACCACCGGCUCUGUGGUUGUUGUGUUGUGGUUGUUGUUGUUGUUAUUGUGGUGGUGGUUGUGGUGGUGGUUGUGGUGGUGGUUGUGGUGGUGGUUGUUGUGUUAUUGUUGUGGUUGUUGUCGUGAUUGUUGUUGUGUUAUUGUUGUUGGUUGUUGUGGUUGGUUGUUGUUGUUGGUUGUUCGCGCGAUCGAGCGGCUCCAAGUCGGCAGUUCGCCGCCGCCACCACCGCAGCACCGCGGGCGGCCGCCGAUUGUCUGAGAGCCGGAGGAGCACGAGGAAGAGGGGGGGGCAGUAGGAGGAGGAGGAGGGGGGGUAGGAGCAGCAGGGGUCGCCUAAGUUCGUCGUCGUGCGUUCAAACAGAACGCAAGCCCGUCGUAAAGCGGGUCCCCACGACCGUCGUAAAGCGGGCCCCCACGACCGUCGUAAAGCGAGUCACGCGCCCGUCGUAAAGCGACCCGCAAGCCCAUCAAGCGGAUCGCGCGCUCGUCGUAAAGCGGGUCCACAGGACCGUCGUAAAGCGGUUCACCACGACCGUCGUAAAGCGGGGCGCACGCGCCCGUUGUGACGUCAUGUUCGCCUCGCGCGCCGCGUGCGCCAUGUGCGGCGAGUCGGGGCGUGACGCGCCCUACACGUGUCCGCGCUGCAACGCGCGCUACUGCAGCUCGCGCUGCUACCGCGCGCCCAGCCACGCGGCCUGCAGCGAAGACUUCUAUCGUCGCUGCGUGCUCGGCGAGAUGACGCGCCGUGGUGGAGGUGGUGGUGGAGGUGGUGGUGGUGGAGGAGGUGGUGAGACUGGACCGGCGUCGUCGCCCGAGCAAGUGGAGCGAAUGCUUGGGAUGUUGAGGAGGCUCCGGACGCAGCAGCAGCAGCAGCAGGAGAAUGAAGAUGAGGAAGAGGAGCAGCAAGGAGAUUUUGACGCGGAGGAGAUGAUGACGACGAUGAUGAUGGAAGCCGAGAGGAAGAAGAGCGGUGAUGGUGGUGAUGGUGGUGAUGACAGUGAUGACAGUGAUGAUGUUGACGAGCAAGCAGAGGAGGUGAUGAAGAUGGGCACGAUUGGUGGCGGCGGUGGUGUUGCCACGGCUCACGCAAAUGUGCGAAUGAAUAUUGACGACGACGCUUCCGACGAUGACGACGACGCCGACCCCAGCAGCCUCGCGGUGAGGCUGCGGGGCCUGAACCUCGACACGGACUCGCGCCUCGUCUGGGAGAGGCUCACUGACUCUGAGCGGAGGAGGUUCCACGAAGUCGUGGACUCGGUCCGUGCCGCGUCGUCGUCGUCGUCGCUGCUACCGCCGGCGGCACCGUGGCUGACAUGGCGGCCCUGGUGGGAGCGGGAAUACGACCGCCGCCGGGCCGAGCGUCCCGCGGGUGUCGUGGCGGCGGCGGCGGCGGCGGAGAAGGGACAGAAGCUCCGCAGAGAGGCGGAUAAAGACGAUGAGGUGGACGACGAGGAGGUGGACGACGAGUUGGAGGCCACCGCCGGGAUCCCCGCGGUGUCCGCGUGCAUCCCCCCGCUGCGCUCGCUGUCGAGCCGCGACCCUGCGGCCUGCGUCCCCUUCUCGCUCGUCAACUUGCUGAUGGCCUACACGGCGGCGACGCUGCUGGGCCUCCGUCGCCGCGACGACGACGACGCGGCGGCCCCGGCUCGCGACCUGGCGGCGCUCCUCCUGCGGCUCUCCGACCCCUCGGGCCGCCCGGCUGGCGCCGUCUUCGGCAGCGCCGGUGAGGCGGCGCUGGCGGCGCGGGCGGCGCUGCUGCUGCUGCUGCGGGGAGAGGAGGAGGGCGAGGAGGAGGAGGUGGAGGCGCUGUGGUUGCGCUGCCUGGGCGCGGUGGGGACGAUCCUGGAGGGGCCCAGGAGCGGAGACCACCGGCGCUUCGUGCUGGCCGCCCUGUCGCACGCCGGCAAAGUGUUUGUGCGCGCGGCGGCGGUGGCUGAUGUGUCCACCGCCACCAGCACCACCGACACCACCGACACCGCCGCCGGCACCACGACCGCCGCACCACCAACCGCCGAGCGCGGACGCAGCGCCGCCGCCGCGGCGCCGUCUCGCGGGAGGCCUCGCGAAGCGCUGGAGGGGGGAGGGGGGCAGGCGGAGGGGCAGGAGGGCGCCGGGCCCAGCGCCUCGUCCUCCGCGUGCUUCCGCGCCCACAAGAAGUGCCUCUUCCUGCUGUCGUGGGCGUCCGAGCGGGGCGCCGAGCUGCCCGCCCUCGCGCGGGCCGUGCGGGAGGAGGAGGAGCGGGCGAGGAGGAGGAUGAAGGGGGCGGCCAAUGGAGGCGGAAGCCGCCGGUGA